GGGAUUGUUAAAAAGACGUGGCAAAAGCUGGGAAGGAAAGCUGAGAGCCUGGGACACCCAACCCCAUCCAGCCUCUAUCACUGCUUUGUUCCAUAUUUAGCCCCCGACAACUGUCUCUAGCGCAGGAACUCCCCGCUCUGUUUUUUCCCUCCCCCCUGCACUCCCCGAGCUUUCUGAAACUGCUCUUUUUCCCAGUGGCUGUAACUGACUGUCCCCAUAGCUGAGAAGAUGGCAGAAAAGCAGGAGGAGCCCAGCAACACCCAGAAUGGUGAACCCGACAACGCAGAGGAGGGCGAGGGGAAAAAGAAGAAGAAGGUGAAGAGGGAAGACCUGCCUCCGUUUGAAAUCGUGACAGGGGAACGCCUCCCAGCCAUAUUUUUCAAGUUCCAGUUCAGGAACGUGGAAUACAGCUCAGGCAGGAACAAAACCUUCCUGUGUUAUGUUGUGGAGACCCAAGGCAAAGAGUCGACGACUUCCCGGGGUUACUUGGAAGAUGAGCAUGCAGCCUCCCAUGCAGAAAUUGCUUUCUUUAACACCAUUUUGCCCAAGUGUGAAUCGAGCCUCCGCUACAACAUCACCUGGUACGUCUCCUCCAGCCCCUGCGUGACCUGCGCCGACCGGAUCAGUGAGACCCUAAGGAAGAACAAGAACCUGCGUCUGACCAUCAUGGUAGGACGCCUCUUCAUGUGGGAAGAGCCAGAAAUGCAGGCUGCCCUGAAAAAAAUGAAGUCUGCCGGCUGCAAGCUGAGGAUUAUGAAGCCUCAAGACUUUGAGUACGUCUGGCAGAACUUUGUGGAACAGGAAGAAGGAGAGGAAGCAAAGGCUUUCGUGCCAUGGGAGGACAUUCAAGAGAACUUCCAGUACUAUGAGGAAAAGUUGGCUGAGAUUCUGCAGUGAAGCUCACGCCAACCUCAGGAAAGAUCUACACAGAGACACAACAGACUUGGACAUCUGGGACACACCUGCUUCCCAAAGCUUUGAAUCCAGCAGAUGCAGUGCCAGCUUCUGGAAUUUUAGGCCCUGAUGGACAACAGAUGUUUAGUGUUUGGAAUCUUAUGGUACUUUUUGUUGCUGUUCCUCUCCACUCACCCCACUCCCCCGAAACAAAACUGUGUUGUAACUGCUGACAGGAGAAGGCACUGAGCUGUGUGGUUAAAGCCUUGAAUGAAAUGCAUGGGAUGGAGCAACAGGAAUGAGCGUAGACCCCACAUACCAGGAUUACUUGAAGAUAAAAGACUGUAGGACAAAGCUGCUGAUUUGAUAAACUUACUCACAAAAAGUAUGCUUCAUCAAUAUUAAAAAGAUAAAUAAAGUUCUAUUCCUCUGUCCUCCUCAAUAAUAGUAACUGCAAUUUAAGUUACAGUUAAUUUCUUAAUACUACAGUUAUGAUGGAGGCCUUAAUACUUGAUUUUAAAUGCAUCAAUUUUCCCCUUGUUCAGUAUGUCUGUGAUAACCUGGGCUAAGCAAACGAAAUAAAAUUGGAGCCCACUGAAAAGAGUAAA